CGCCGCGCCCCCUGCCCCACCUCCGCUCGUGGUUGCCAUGAAGACCGGGUCCGGGACCGGUCGACUGCCAGACUCGGGCGGGAGGCUGAGCUUUCCUCGGCCUGAGCCAGCCAGAACCCGGGCCCCGCGCUCACCCUUCUCCGCCGCCACGUCCGCGAAGGCCUCACGCACGAGGCCAGGCAAGGCCCCAAGGCGCCCACCACUUCACGACACCGGAGUGAACCGGGCGCCAGAGACCGCGACCCCCCUGCCCCGAAUCCGGCCGGUGGGAGUGGCUGCAUUUGAACCAAACGGCCUUCGCGGGCAGCAGCCGUCGCCCCGCAGUCCCGGGGGCUCCCGAGGGCCUGUGACCGACGCCGGCCUCCGCGUCUUCGUUCCCGAAGCCCCGGGAACCAUCCGCCCUCGGGAGACCAUGCUGCAGAUGCGAGGAAAGCCGUUUCCUGGAACAUUGGAAUUCUAACCCCAGGGUGAGGGACUCACGACAGGCGAGGGGCAGACAUGCUGAACUCCACGGGCGAACUGGAGUUUUCGAACGAAGACGAUCCCGAGAUCAUCUCCCAACUCACUUCCUUGCCUCUCUCCGGUGGGAAAAGCGCAGCUGGUGUACCCGAGAAAACGGGCUAUCCGGACUCCGUUUAUGUCAUGGCAGCCAACAUUUUUCAGGGUAUUCGAAUCGAAAAGUCGGCACAGAAAGUCUUAAUCAAGUAUGGGAAUGAACCCCUGCGGUCCUUGUCCGCGUCUGAGGAUCAGUCCUUUCAGCGUUUGUCUUAUGAGCUGGCUUUCAGUGCCCUGAAAUAUCAAGAUAUUUUGGAAACUAUAUUGAUAGACAGCUGUAUCUUCCCAAGUACCACAAUACCAGAUCAUUUGAGCAGUCUUAUUAUUGUGAUGCUAUAUGAUUUCCAAGAUAGAAAAUUUCAAACUCGUGUCCUUUCUGAUAAUGAAGAGUCCAUAUCAGAAGUUCAAGAAGUAGAGAACCUUCUUAACAGUUUUAAGAUAAAGUUGGCUGCGGCAUUGGCAAGAUGUCGAAUCAAGCAUGAUGCCCUUUCAAUUUACCACAUCCUUCCAGAAACAGUUAGGAAACAGGAACUAAGGGCCUCCACUUUACCACUUUAUGCUUGGAUAAAUACUUGUAAAAUCAGCCCUGAAGAAGUUUAUAAUAAUUUGAAGAGAAGAGGCUAUAAUAAAGUCAAAUCUGUAUUGCAUAUUGAUGAUAAAGUCUUUGCUGUGGAUCAACAUUGCUAUGAUGUCUUAAUUUUUCCAUCUCAUCUUAAAAAUGAUCUUAUAAAUAUAGAUCUUUUCAAAGAUUACAAACUUAUAUUUCAGGACAAAUCUCGAAGUCUUGCUGUCCAUUCUGUAAAGGCUUUAUUAAAUAUGGAUGAUGAUAUCUUAAUGGUCAAUACAGGUUCAUGGUACACAGUUGCCCAUAUGUCAAUUUUAACAAAUAAUAAUACCUCAAAAGUAUUUGUGUGUGGAGUACAAUCACAAGCUAAGGAUUCUGACUUGAAGACCCUUUUCACAAAAAUGGAAUGUAAAAAUAUUGAAAUACUUCAUGAGACAUUUAUUAACAUUGAAUCAAAGGAUCACAGGUUACAGAAAGUUAAAGUGAUUUUGCUGCUACCUCGUUGUUCAGGACUGGGUGUUAGUAAUCCAGUAGAAUUUAUUUUAAAUGAACAUGAAGAUACAGAAUUCCUUAAAGAUCACUCUCAAGGAGGCAUAUCCGUGGACAAACUUCACGUUCUUGCUCAACAGCAGUAUGAACAGCUCACACAUGCAAUGAAAUUUACUAAAGCUCAAGCAGUUGUUUACUGCACAUGUUCAGUUUGUCCAGAAGAAAAUGAAGCUGUUGUUAAGAAAGCACUGGAAUUUCAAGACCUUGGGAAUAAAGGACAACCUUAUAGGCUUAGUCCUCCUGUUCUUCCACUGUGCUCCUUAAAGGAAAUUCAAUUGUGUACUGAUACAUUUUUCAGAAUGGAACCAUCUGAAAUUACCAAUGGUUGUUUUCUUUCUAUUUUAACAAGGGAGCGGGACCCUUCUGAGACAGUGUCUGUGAAAGAUGUUUUGGCCCGAGCUGCAGCCAAGGGUCUACUGGAUGGGAUUGAGUUGGGUAAAUCAUCAAAACGAGAGAAGAAGAAGAAAAAAUCAAAAACAUCAUUGACAACAGGUGCCACUACUGAUAAUGGCAUCCAAAUGAAAAUUGCUGAGUUCCUGAAUCGAGAAACUAAAGCCAGUGCUAAUCUAUCAGAGACUGUAACAAAACCACCUCUUCCUCAGAAAAAUACUGCUCAAGUGGGGGCUUCCUCACAGACCAAAAAACUCAAGAAGCUGGCCCCCCAUCCUGCAGUGCCUACAUUUAUGAAGAACACUUGUCCCUCCAGACCGCAUGAACGGCAGACACACUUCAUAAGACCUCGGCCAGAAGACAGAAUGGUUGCUCUGAAACCCGUCGAGAUUGUUCUGCCUCCAGUCUUUAUGCCAUUUUCAAGUCCCCAAGGGAUCAGAUCUCAGAUGCCAACUCAACAUUUGUACUGUCGUUGGGUUGCACCCAAGGCACUUGUGCCCACCUGCCUUCCCACACCCUCACUAUCCAGAAAAGGGGAAAAGCCUAAAGAUGACACACCUUCCUCCCUACUCAGGCCUCGUCGGCGGUGGCUUUGAUUGUCUUGUGUUUUUUAUAGGGGCCGAAGAGCAGUUGAUUUUUUUUCAAAGUCUAGUGUUUCUCUGAAGGUUCUACAUCUCUACACAAGAUAUGCAUUCUUCUGGUCACCUAGGGAUCUUCCAAGUGUGAUAUUACUUUCAGAGAAUUCAGACAAGUGAGAAACAAUAACGUAGGAGUCAGCAAAGCAGAAUUCAGAGACGUCAGCCCAUCAGUGCUGCUCUGAGAGGAUCCAGUUAGAGACUCAGUAUCAGCAGUCAGAACUUACCUCACUCCUGUGAACUUUCAGGCUGGACUUAAAGCUGCCAAGCUUCUCCUGCAGGGAAGGAAACACUGCCUCCCUUCAGCAGGUAGCUCAUUAGAAAGCCAAACAGGCAGACGAUCCUGGCCUCUCCCGCCAGCUGACUGCUCUUCAGCAUCCACGCGGUUGUAGUCGUGACUUUCUCAGUCACGAUCAAGGGUGAUUUUUUCUUAAAUAUCAAGCUGUUCUUUGAAUAGGGAAUGACAUGAGUUUUUGUAACGUGACUGAAGUUGAGUUUAAGUAGGAUGCGCAGGAAGUUCCCAAGUGCCAGGUGUGUGUAGCUCAGAGGUCCUUUUACAGUGAGGUGUCUCUCACUGGGGGAGCUUCCAGGAUCCUGAGCAGACUGGACACAAUCAUCUCUCCCUUCCUCUAUGUCAAGCACUCUUAUAAAAGACUGAGCAAAUUUCCAUCUAAAUAUUAGUAAUCCUGAAGAAGAGGCAAAACCGUUGAAUGCAAGUGAUACCUAUUGUUGAAGAAACCCACAAAUUUCUGAUUCUAAGAUCAGGCAGUACAACAAAAUCUACAAGUCAUUUCAAAUAGCACACAGGAAUCAAACUUUGGUAAGUAAUUUCUGAUGCACAAUUAAAAUAUAUUGUAGCACUAUGUUAAUUAUAUUAAAUGUUGAUUCAUCUUGAAUGUAUUCUCAAUUGCCUACCAAGAAUUGGUAUGAUUAUCAUUUCUGGGUCUAUUGAUUUUUCAUCAUGGCAACAGAAAUUGUCAUUAAAUAGAAUAAGAUACAA